UUUGAUUAUUUAUUGGCAGUGUACAGACAUACAGUCAAUCUUUAUAUAUUGAUCUUACGUCUUGUAGUCUUGUUUGAACUCCUUCAUUAGUUUUAAUAGCUUUUUAGUGAAUUCUUUAGGAUUUCUCAUAAACAAGGUCGCAUAAUCUGCAAAUAUAGUUUGUUUUGCUUUUGCUUUCCAGUUGGUUGUCUUUGAUUUCUUUCUCUUGUUUAAUGCUCUGGCUAGAACCUAUAGUGUGUUGUUGAAUAGAAGUGGUGAGAGUGCACCUCCGUAUGUUAUUCUUGAUAUUCCUAGAUAGAUUUAAUCUCUCAUCAAGUAUGGUGUUAAAUGUAGAGUUUUCAUGUACAGUUGAUCCUUGGCAUCUGUGGGUUCUGCAUUUGCAGAUUCAACCACCUGCAGAUCGAUCAGCAGGUGGUCGAAUCCGUGAAUGCAGAGGGUCAACUGUAAGGGACUUCAUCAUCUGUUGACUUUGAUAUCCGUGGUAAAUCCUGGAAUCAAUCCCCCAUGGAUACUGAGGGACAACUAUAUGUUCUUUAUCAGGUCAAGGAAGUUCAUUUUUAUUCAUUUUUUGUAGAGCGUUUUUAUUAUUAAGGGAUAUUGGAUUUGUCAAAUGCUUUUUCUCAGUCUAUCGCUGUUAAAGUGUAUUUUUUUGUCCUUGUUCUGUUGAUCUGGUAUAUUAUAUUAAUUGAAUCUUAGAUAUUUUGUAUAUUUGUCCAAUUUGGUUAUUUGUUUAAAUUUCAAGGGUAAAUUUCAUCCUGGUACUUAUGGCUGGAAGUGGAACUUCUGAUCUGUGUAUUAUUAUUAUUUUUAUUUUUGAGGGACAGUCUAAAGGUAUAUUAUUGAUGAUCAUAGAGGCAGUAUUCAAAUCCAAUUCUUUCUGGUUCCCAAGGCUCUGAUUCUACCACUGUACUUACUGCUUUAGUUUUCUUAUUUUGUGAUAAUUUAUAAUAUGACUUAGGUACAUUUUGACUUGUCUAAUUGCUUAAUAUACUUACUUUCAAUAUGAUUUUAUUAAACCAAAGUGACUCUUACAAGCACAUUAACCUAAUUAUUUAUCACAGUUUAAAUAAUUUCCAUAGAGAUGGAUGGUCAACUCCUGGGUAUCUUUACACGAGAAUAUCAGCUACCAUUUGUAAUUACUUUAAUUCUUUUUCUUAAAAUUUCAACUUUUAUUUUAGAUACAGGGGGUUUAUGUGCAGGUUUGUUACAUGGAUAUAUUGCACCCAAGUAAUGAGCAUAGUACUCAAUAGGCAGGGUUUUCUUUUUCUUUUUUUGAGAUAAAGUCUUGCUUUGUCGCACAGGCUGAAGUGUGGUGGCGCGAUCUCAGAUCACUGAUAGGGCUGCCUCCCGGGUUCAAGCGUGUCUCCCACCUCAGCCUCCUGAGUUGCUCAGACUACAGGCAUGUGCCACCACACCCGGCUAAUUUUUUAAAUUUCAGUAGCAGCGAGGUUUCAUCAUUUUGGCCAGACUGGUCUCAAACUCCUGACCUCAGGGGAUCCACUGCCUCAGACUCCCAAAUUGCUGGGAUUACUGGUUGCUAGGUAAUUUUUAACUCUCUCUCCCUUCCCCGUCCACCUCUAGUAGUCUGCAGUAUCUAUUGUUCCUCUGAUUAUGUCCAUGUGUGCUCAUUGUUUAGCUCCCACUUAUAAAUGAGACAGUUGUCUUUUGGUUUACUGGUCCUGCAUUGAUUCACUUAAGAUUAUGGCCUUGAGUUCCAUCCAUGUUGCUGCAAAGGACACAAUUUCAUUCUUUUUUUUGGCUGCAUAGUGUGUUCCUUGGUGUAUAUGUACCACAUUUUUUUAAUCCAGUCUAUUGAUGGGCUCCUGGGUUGAUCCACGUCUUUGCUAUUGUGAAUAGCAUGGCAAUGAACAUGCAACUGCACCUGUCUUUUUCGUAUAAUGAUCUGUCUUCUGUUGGGAAUAUCCCUAGUAAAUGGAAUUGCUGGGUCAAAUGGUAGUUGUGUUGAAAAUUCUUUGAGAAAUUGCCACACUGCUUUCCACAAUGGCUGAACUAAUUUACAUUCCCACCAACAGUGUAUAAGCAUUCCCUUUUCUCUGUAGCCUUAUGAGCAUCUAUGAUUUUUUGACUUUUUAAAUACAAAUCAAAACUAACAUACACACAAAAAAACAAAAAAGAAUUUGUAUUUAAAAAGUCAAAAACCAACAGCAUCUAUUGUUUCUCUGAUGCUUAGUGAUGUUGAGAAUUUUUUCAUGUUGGACGCUCGUAUGUCUUUUGAGAAAUGUCAAUUCUUGUCUUUUGCUCAUUUUAAAAAAUGAGUUUUUUUUUUUUCUUGUCGAUUUAAGUUUCUUAUAGAUCCUAGGUAUUAGACUUUUGUUAGAUGCAUUGUUUGCAAAUAUUUUCUCUCAUUCUCUAGGUUGUCUGUUUACUCUGUUGAUAGUUUCUUUGGCUGUGCAGAAGAUCUUUAGCUUAAUUAGGUCCCACUUGUCAGUUUUUGUUUUUAUUGCAAUUACUUUUGGAGACAUAGCCAAAAAUGCCUUGCCAAGGCAGAUGUCAAGAAGGGUAUUUCCUAGGUUUUCUUCUAGGAUUUUUUUUUUUUUUUUUUUGAGACGAAGUUUCACUCUUGUUAACCAGGCUGGAGUGCAAUGGCACAAUCUCGGCUCACCGCAACCUCCGUCUCCUGGGUUCAAGCAAUUCUCCUGCCUCAGCCUCCUGAGUAGCUGGGACUAUAGGCGUGUGCCACCAUGCCCAGCUAAUUUUUUUAUUUUUAGUAGAGAUGGGUUUUCACCAUGUUGACCAGGAUGGUCUUGAUCUCUUGACCUCGUGAUCCACCAGUCUCGGCCUCCCAAAGUGCUGGGAUUAUAGGCGUGAGCCACCGUGCCCGGCCUCUAGGAUUUUUAUACUUUGAGGCCUUACAUAUAAGUCUUUAAUCCAUCUCGAGUCAAUUUUUGUAUGUAGUUGAAAGUAAGGGUCUAGUUUUGUUGUUCUGCAUAGAGUUUGCCAGUUAUCCUAGUGCCAUUUAUUGAAGGAGUCCUUUUCCUAUUGCUUGUUUUUGAUGGUCUUUUCGAAGAUCAGAUGGUUGUAGGUGUGCAGCUUUAUUUCUGAGUUUUCUGUUCUGUUCCAUUGGCUUGUGUGUCUGUUUUGUACCAGUGCCAUGCUGUCUUGGUUACUGUAGCCUUGUAGCAUAGUUCGAAGUUGUGUGAUGCUUCAAGCUUUUUUCCUUUUGUUUAGGAUUGCUUUGGCUAUUGGGGCUCUUUUUUGGUUCCAUACGAAUUUUGGAAUAGUUUUUUCUAAUUUUGUGAAGAAUGCCAUUGGUAGUUUGAUAGGAAUAGCAUUGAAUCUGUAAAUUGCUUAUGGCCAUUUUAAUGAUCCGAAUUCUUAUAAUCCAUGCUCAUGGGAUGGCUUUCUGUUUGUGUGUCAUCUCUGAUUUUUUUCAGCAGUGUUUUGUCAUUCUCAUUGUUGAGUUCUUUCACCUCCUUGGUUAGCUAUAUUUUCCUAGGUAUUCCAUUUUCUUUGGCUAUUUUAUUUUUAUUUUUUAUUAUACUUUAAGUUCUGGAGUACAUGUGCCGAUUGUGCAGGAUUGUUACAUAGGUAUACACAUGCCAUGGUGCUUUGCUGCAUCAAUUCCCCCAUCAUCUACAUUAGGUAUUUCUCCUAAUGUUAUUGCUCCCCAAUUCCCCACUCCCUGCUAACCCUCCCCUAGCUCUCUCACCCUCCAACAGGUCCCAGUGUGUGAUGUUCCUCUCCCUGUGUCCAAGUGUUCUCAUUGUUCAACACCCACUUAUGAGUGAGAAUAUGUGGUGUUUAGUUUUCUGUUCUUGUGUCAGUUUGCUGAGAAUGAUGGUUUCCAGCUUCAUCCAUGUCCCUGUAAAGGACAUGAACUCAUCUUUUUUAUGGCUGCAUAGUAUUCCAUGGUAUGUAUGUGCCACAUUUUCUUUAUCCAGUCUAUCAUUGAUGGGCAUUUGGGUUGGUUCCAAGUCUUUGCUAUUGCAAAUAGUGCUGCAGUGAGCAUACAUGUGCAUGUUUCUUUAUAAUAGAAUGAUUUUAUGAUACCAACAUCAUCCUGAUAUGAAAACCUGGCAGAAACACAACUAAAAAAGAAAAUUUCAGACCAAUAUCCACGAUGAAUAUUGAUGGGAAAAUCUUCAAUAAAAUAGUGGCAAACCAAAUCCAACACCACAUCGAAAAGCUUAUUCAUCGUGAUCAAGUUGCCUUCAUCCCAGGGAUGCAAGGCUGGUUCAACAUAUGCAAAUCUAUAAACAUAAUCCAUCACAUAAACAUAAUCCGUGACAAAAACCACAUGAUUAUCUCAAUAAAUGCAGAGAAGGCCUUUGGCAGAACUCAACAGCCCUUUAUGCUAAACUCUGAAUAGACUAGGUAUCAAUGGAAUGUAUCUCUAAAUAAUAAAAGCUAUUUAUGACAAACCGACAGCCAAUAUCAUACUGAAUGGGCAAAGACUGGAAGCAUUCCUAUUAAAAACUGGCACAAGACAAGGGUGCCCUCUCUCACCACUCCUAUUUAGCAUAAUAUUGGAAGUUCUGGCCAGAGCAAUCAGGCAAGAAAAAGAAAUAAAGGGUAUUCAGUUAAAAAAAGAGGAAGUCAAAUUGUCUUCUCUAUUUGCAGAUGACAUGAUUGUAUAUUUAAAAGAUCCCAUCAUCUCAGCCCAAAAUCUCCUUAUGCUGAUAAGCAACUUCAGCAAAGUCUAGGUACAAAAUCAAUGUGCAAAAAAGUCAAGCAUUCCUAUACACCAAUAACAGACAAACAGCCUAAUCAUGAGAGAACUCCCAUUCACAAUUGCUCCAAAAAGAAUAAAAUACCUAGGAAUACAACUAACAAAGGACAUGGAGGACCUCUUCAAGGAGAACUACAAACCACUGCUCAAGGAAAUAAGAGAGGACACAAACAGAUGGAAAAACAUUCCAUGCUUAAGGUUAGGAAGAAUCAGUAUUAUAAAAAUGGCCAUACUGCCCAGAGUAAUUUAUAGAUUCAGUGCUAUCCCCAUGAAGCUACCAUUGACCUUCACCAAACUGGGAAAACCACCUUAAACUUCACAUGGAACCAAAAAAAGUGACCACAUAGCCAAGACAAUCCUAAACAAAAAGAACAAAGCUGGAGUCAUUAUGCUACCUGACUUCAAACUAUCCUACAAGGCUACAGUAAUCAAAACAGCAUGGUACUGGUACCAAAUCAGAGAUAUAGACCAAUGGAACAGAACAGAGGCCUUGGAAGUAACGCCACACAUCUACAACCAUCUGAUAUUUGACAAACUUGACAAAAACAAGCGAAGAGGAAAGGAUUCCCUGUUUAAUAAAUGGUGUUGGGAAAACUGGCUAGCCAUGUGCAGAAAGCUGAAACUGGACCCAUUCCUUACACCUUAUACAAAAAUCAACUCCAGAUGAAUUAAAGAUUUAAACAUAAGACCUAAUUCUGUAAAAACCCUGGAAGAAAACCUGGGCAAUACUGUUUAGGACGUAGGCAUAGACAAAGACUUCAUGACUAAAACACCAGAAACAAUGGCAACAAAAGUCAAAAUAGACAAAUGGGAUCUAAUUAAACUUAAGAGCUUUUGCACAGCAAAAGAAAGUAUCAUUAAAGUGAACUGGCAACCAACAGAAUAGGAAAAAAUUUUUGCAAUCUACCCAUCUGACAAAGGGCUAAUAUCCAGAAUCUACAAAGAACUUAAACAAAUUUACAAGAAAAAACAACCCCAUCAAAAAGUAGGCGAAGGAUGUGAAUGGACACUUUUCAAAAGAAGACAUUUAUGCAGCCAGCAAACAUGAAAAAAUGCUCAUCAUCACUGGUCAUUAGAGAAAUGCAAAUCAAAACCACAUUGAGAUACCAUCUCACGCCAGUUAGAAUGGCGAUUAUUAAAAAAUCUGGAGACAACAGAUGCUAGAGAGGAUGUGGAGAAAUAGGAACACUUUUACAGUGUUGUUGGAAGACGGUGUGGUGAUUUUCAAGGAUCUAGAAAUAGCAAUACCAUUUGACCCAGCAAUCCCAUUACUGGGUAUAUACCCAAAGGAUCUUUGGCUAUUUUAAAUGGGAUUGUGUUCUUGAUUUGACUCUUUGCCUGGGCAUUAUUGCUGUAGAGAAGUGCUAUUAUUUUUGUACAUUAAUUUUUGUAUCCUCAAACCUUCCCCAAAUAGUUUAUUAGUUCCAGUAGCCUUUUGACAGAAUAAUUUAAGUUAAUCAAGAGUCUGUAACUAAAAUUCUUGCUAAUAUGAGAGAUACUGUUUUAAAACCUUGCUACCACUUGCUCCCCUAUUGGUGGUCUUAAUUGUCACUGUUUUUAGUUCAAUAAACUGUGAAAUCCUGUCUGGACAUGUAUUCCAUUUCUACAAAGAAAACAAACACUGUAUUUGUUUCCUUAUUCAAAAGUAUUUUUAUUAUCAUAGUGAAGACUGAAGUCUCUUGAGUUAGGUAAACUUGAAUUUGGGUUCUGACUCUACCUCUUAGUAGCUGAAUGGCCUUAGGUAUUAUUUUACCUCUCUAAGCCUAUUUAUUCAUCUUUAAAAUGGGAAUAAUUUUACCUACAUCUCAAUUACUGUAAGUAUUAAGUUAGAUUAUGCAUGUUGUGAAGCAGUUAAUGUCAUCUUUGGUAUAAAAUAAGCACUAGUAAAAUACUAGAAUUAUAGAAGAUGAAAUCUACUAAUUUUUUUCUUAAGUCUCUCCUGUAGUUCUGUUGUUCUGUUACUAAUCAAAAAGUACUAAUAAUCCAGUGAUUUUUUUCCCUGAUUUAAAAAAUAUUUAAAUUUUACUGGAAAUGUGCUUUCCUUGAGACAUGUACCAAAUAUAUUCAUUUUAGUCCUGUUACGUACUCAAGAUGAUCUUUUCCAUGUAUGCUUUUUAUGAGUCCUUGAGGUAAAUUAAUGGUCAUUUCUCAUCCUUUAGUUAUUUCUUAGGUAGAUAGAUGGUUGAAAAUAAAUUAGCUAUAGUUCUUUAAGGGCUUUGAAGGAGACUCUUCUACCAGAUAACUGUGAAACAAGCACUGACCUUGCCAGGAUAGAGGCCACCCAGGCUCCUGAAGCACCUCAGAAGAUUUCCAAGACAGUCCCAAGUUUUGACUCCCUCUAUCCAGUGACAAAUCCGAUUACUUCCUCUAGGAAACUGGAAGAAAUGGAUUCCGAAGAGCAGUUCUCUUCCUUUAGUUGUGAAGAUCAGAAGGAGGUCUGUGCCGUGUCACAGGACAGUAGUUCAAAUGCUGCUCCAGGCAAGGGCUCAGGAGAUCUUACUACCUCGAGAACGCCUUGUUUUUCAUCUCCAAAUGUGAUCUCCUUUAGUCCAGAGCAGACAGGUCGGGCCCUGGGUGAUCAGGGCAAUGUUACAGGCCAAGGGAAGAAGCUUUUUGGCUCUGGGAAUGUGGCUGCAACUCUUCAGCACCCCAGGCCUACAGACAUGAUGCCCCUGCCUGCUGAGAUCCCUCCAGUUUUUCCCAGUGGGAAGUCAGGACCAAGCACAAACUCCGUGUCUGGUGGGGUACAGACUUGCAGGGAAGACUGGACUCCAAAGCCACAAUCUGCCUCUGUUGGCAGCAUCAAGAAUGAGAAGACUUUUGUGGGGGGUCCUCUUAAGGCAAAUGCCGAGAACCGAAAAGCUACUGGGCAUAGUCCUCUGGAACUGCUGGGUCACUUACAAGGGAUGCCCUUUGUCAUGGACUUGCCCUUCUGGAAAUUACUCCAGGAGCCAGAGAAGGGGCUCAGUGAGCCUCUGGAGCCUUCUCUGCCCUCCCAACUCAGCAUCAAGCAGGCAUUUUAUGGGAAGCUUUCUAAACUCCAACUGAGUUCCACGAGCUUUAAUUAUUCCUCUAGCUCUCCUACCUUUCCCAAAGGCCUUGCUGGAAGUGUGGUGCAGCUGAGCCACAAAGCAAACUUUGGUGCAAGCCACAGUGCAUCACUUUCCUUGCAAAUGUUCACUGACAGCAGCACGGUGGAAAGCAUCUUGCUCCAGUGUGCGUGCAGCCUGAAAGCCAUGAUCAUGUGCCAAGGCUGUGGUGCGUUGUCAUGAUGACUGUAUUGGACCCUCAAAGCUCUGUGUGUUGUGCCUUGUGGUGAGAUAAUAAAUUAUGGCCAUGGGAAACAUUGUCUAUUUAGUGUGUGUAUUUUGAUAAUGAUUGAUCUUAAAUCAGUAUACAGAAUACCGUUGAUACAAUACUCUUUUUAGGCGGGAGCACUCUUGCCUUUCCCCCAAAUUUAUAGUGCUCUGUGUCACUUGUCGACCCCUCUGGUCUUGCUGGAGGGAUUUUCUGGGUAUAACCCAUUGGGCUGCCCAAAGCCAGCCAGCCUGAGCUCUCCUGCAGACAGAGCCUGAUGUGGCAGGGAGCAGGGUCGGGGCGGUGGGAGGUGCUGCCUGACUCCCAGAGGGACUUGAAACUGAAGCAAGAAGGUUGCAUUCUCUACCAAGGGAAUUAACCUACCUGAACUAAGUAGACAUUCCAGUCUUCCACUGUCCCCUCCCUGCCAUCUUUUCUUCUGCUACUUGGUUGGGGGAGUUGUUGGUCUCAAAGAAGCCAGCACAGGGUUAAAGUAAUUCUCAUCAUUGCCCACCAGGGGGCUGGAGCACCGGCUGACCUUAGGGUCACAGUUGAGUCAUUUGCCAGUUGAUGGAGCAAGUUUGACGUUAGUUCUGUUGCUGAAGCAAAUUUGGGACUUUUCUGUCUUGGUGCAAUCCACUAGCCCACAGGAUCAUUUGGAACCUUGAAUAGCUCUGCUUGGACAAUGGGGUUGGGGAAUAGGGUUGUCUUUCCUAUGAAAAUGCCAUCUGUAGACCUGGCGAGUCAGCUGUCCAGACGGUUGCAGGUGAAUUCCUAUGCUUGACAUCUUCCCUGUCACUUUGGACCCUUUGGGAGUGGGCAUCUCCACGCACUUGUGUAUGUGAAAGUCAUUUUACAUUUCAAAGCACAGUUUGUGUUUCUUAUUUUUAUAUUUUUAACUCUUUAUUCUUGGAUGUAUAAAGUGAACUUUUUGGCUUCUGUAAGUAUGCUCUAUGCACCUCUAAUGUUUUAUCAUGUAUUUAUAUGUUGUACACAGUACUGGCCGAUUUUGUAAAUGGAUGUAUUGUACAGAGAACAUGAAUGUCUCUUCCUAAUUUUACAUCUUCAGCAUCAUUGCAUUAAAGUGGUGUAAUUUGCUUCUCUACACCUGUUGUCAGAGCCACUGAGUGCUGUGCUGCUCGACGUGAGGGUGAAAUACUUGACUUGUGACCUGCCAGGUUGCCUGAUGCCCUGUCGGGUCACCAGGUGAAUCUGCUGCAGCCUGCAGAGCCACAGUCAGCCUGUCCACACGCCACUGAGCAAACGCAUCUUGCUUCUCACACCUCUCCUCCUCCUACAGCCUUUAAUGGCUGCUCGCUGCCAUAUGCGACAAAUCACCACCACCAGUGUUAAGAGCUUCUGGAUUCAUGGGUGAGUUCCCUGGGCAGCUCCCAGGAAGGCCUUCCAGAUCUGGCUCCAGGGUCACCACCUGUCACAGCAGUGCCUGGGACCAUGCUCUCCUGGGACCGUGAGGCUCCUUUUGACGUACUUUUGACAUUAGGCAGGUUUGGGAACAAACAAAGCCAUGCCUGCUCCUGCCUCUCUCCCAACAUGUUCCUAGCAAGUAGAUGCCCCUGCAUGUGUCUUCUCUUGCCUUGUUCCCUGCCUUAUUUCUUGUAUUUUCGACUUAUUACAGAAUUGAGGAUCCUUGCUUAAUUUAGGACAAGGAUAAAAUCUUUAUGACUUCAAGUCUAAUUUUAUCUGAAA